UCCGGUGGGGUCAUUGGAGCUACCCAGGCUGCAGCACUUAAGAUGAACGUAAUUCAGAUUGUUCGUGACCACUGGGUACAUAUACUUGUGCCUAUGGGGUUUGUCCUUGGAUGUUAUCUAGACAGAAAGAAUGAUGAAAAGCUAACUGCCUUCCGGAAUAAGAGUUUGUUGUUUAGAAGGGAAUUGAGACCCAAUGAAGAAGUCACCUGGAAGUAAAGGCUGUGACUAAAUUACAGAAUGUUCACAUUUUAAAAGUUAGGAGAGAAAUAAAAGCACGUUCAUUAUUU